AUGCCCGACGUCCAUUUGCGUCUGGAUCAACUGCAACUGCAACUGCACUGGAGGGUUCCGUCUUGGCUACCACAGGUGUGGUUGAACAAGCAGUAUUGGACUGUGGCUGAUACGGACCAUCCAUCUGCCAUGGAGUUCCCCGCCAUGGACACCUGCCAGGCCUUGUGUGUGUAUGGAUGGUAUGUGUGCUGGGUGCUGGAUGCUGGAUGCUGGGUGCCGGGUGCUGUGGGUGGGCGGACCACAGAGACGGAGACAGAGACGCAAAUGGAGGCAACACUCGCAGCAGCUGAUGAAGUACAACAACAACAACAACAGCAGCAGCAGCGCAGCGUGAACCCGCAGCUGGCCGAUGGGAGAGAUGCUGCUGGGGCCGUUGCCCAUCCGUAUCACUGGUACUGGUCCUGGGACUGGUCCUGGGACUGGCAGUCAUCUCGUCGGGUACCAUUCCAGCAUCCCGUCUCUGCCCUGGAUCUGUCAAGUCCUUCCUCCUCUCCUCCUCUUUCUCUGCUCUUUCCUGCCUACAACGGUCCCGGUGGCGGUGGUGGUGGUGGUGGUGGUCGUCAUCAAGGUUGCUGCCGUCGCCGGGAGUGCCGCCUCCAGCCUCCCGCGUGCGCAGUGUGGUUGCCGAGAAGACAAAUCAUUUCGGUAGUUCGGGAUGCUGGUGUAGCAGUGGGAGUUGUCGGCGUUGGCAGUUGGGUGGUAGCAGGUAACGUCCAAAUCUCGGUCAUGACGGAGAGAGUGACAUUGGCAUCCAAGUGGUGA